GGGCAGUACAUAUCUGCCCGCAGCCGCUUAGGAGGCGCUCGCACUUCGCCCAGGCGGUCAGUCCCAGCACAGGUCAGCCUCCUCCAGGAAGGGAAGUCCCCGGCCCGCCCGCCCGCCCCCGACAGCCACGAGCCCGGUUGCCGCCGCCUGACGCCCUCCGUCCGCCCCGUCUCCUCGCCUUCUCCCCGUCGGGUCUGCCGCGCGCAGCGCCGCUGAGCUCCCCAACCCGCCGCCGCCAUGGACGCCAUCAAGAAGAAGAUGCAGAUGCUCAAGCUGGACAAGGAGAACGCCUUGGACCGCGCCGAGCAAGCCGAAGCCGACAAGAAGGCCGCCGAGGACCGGAGCAAGCAGCUGGAGGAUGAGCUGGUAUCACUGCAAAAGAAGCUGAAGGGCACAGAAGAUGAACUGGACAAAUAUUCCGAGUCGCUGAAAGAUGCCCAGGAAAAACUGGAACUGGCAGAGAAAAAAGCCACAGAUGCUGAGAGCGAUGUGGCUUCUCUGAACAGGCGUAUCCAGCUGGUAGAGGAAGAGUUGGAUCGUGCCCAGGAGCGUUUGGCAACUGCCCUGCAGAAACUGGAGGAGGCUGAGAAGGCAGCAGAUGAGAGCGAAAGAGGCAUGAAGGUCAUUGAAAGCAGGGCCCUGAAGGAUGAAGAGAAGAUGGAAAUUCAGGAGAUCCAACUUAAAGAGGCGAAGCACAUUGCUGAGGACGCCGACCGCAAGUAUGAAGAGGUGGCUCGUAAGCUGGUGAUCAUUGAGAGCGACUUGGAGCGUGCGGAAGAGCGUGCGGAACUUUCAGAAAGCAAAUGUGCUGAACUUGAAGAGGAGUUGAAAACUGUGACCAACAACCUGAGGUCGCUGGAAGCUCAGGCGGAGAAGUACUCGCAGAAGGAAGACAAGUAUGAGGAGGAGAUCAAGGUCCUUACUGACAAACUGAAAGAGGCUGAGACCCGAGCUGAAUUUGCAGAGCGGUCAGUAACCAAGCUGGAGAAGAGCAUUGAUGACUUAGAAGAUGAGUUGUAUGCUCAGAAACUCAAGUACAAAGCCAUCAGCGAGGAGCUGGACCACGCUCUCAACGACAUGACUUCCAUAGAAAGUGGCACAUGCCAAAGAAGAAAACCUCAAUAUGCAUCAGAUGCUGGAUCAAACUUUACUGGAGCUAAACAACAUGUGAAAACCCUCUUAGCUGUGACCACGCCACUACCUGUUUUGUUUCGAUUUUUUAAAAAACACCUGCUUGCCAUGAAACCGUCCCCCCACCUUGAAACGCAUCUUCAUUUUAUUAUUUUCUUUCCAUGUUGCCACAAUCACAGUACCAUCUUGCUUUAAAAAAAAAAUGAACACCCAGGCAUGAAAUCAGGAAUAACCCAGGCAUGGGAAAGCUCUAUAUAGGUUUAAAGCCGUGUGUCCAUGGUUCAACAGUGCCAUAUUCCUGACCGAAUGUUGCCUACGUUUUGUAUAGAGUUAAGUAACGCUGUGUGUGCAGCCUUUGUUGGGGACGGAGAAACUCUUCCAUCUGUGCAGCCAACUUUGAUAUAAAACAAAGAUUAAGGUUACAAAGCCAGGAAAGGAUUUGGAGACAGAGGGGUGGGUUGGGGGGGGGUGUUGAUUGGCAUCCCUUGAAACAAAAGGUACUUGUGUGGUCUUCAGACUGGUAUUUGUAUAACUCGGCGGUUUGUCCAGCUUAGUAAUUUGAUUUCCUUGGAGGUGCCUCAAGCUGCAAAGGUUUGGCUUUCCCAUGGCUCAAGAACAAAACAGACCUGUAGGCCCCGUUCUAAAUUAUUUAACGCCUGAGUUCAGAGACAUGUGCAAUUUAUGACUCGCUGCAAACCGUAAGGCAGGCAUUUCGGCCUGCAAAGUCAUUCCAUGGCAGCGUUUUUUUAAGAUCCGCUGCACUGGGGAAACAAACCAAACAUUUUACAUUGAUGAAUUCCAGUUGCAUCUUGCUCUUUUGUCUUAAAAGCUGAAGGGAAUCAAAUAAAUUUGGUAUUUGCCACAUGUUUGUUUGA